AUGGUUUACAAUAACCUGAAGAUCGAUCUCAAUGCAGCCUUUGUUUGUAACGAUGACUUAAGUAAGAAUUAUGAUUAUGGUGAUACCACCUUACGUUUGGCUUCGAGAAGUAACAUUAGUUUUAUAAACUCUAGAGAACAACAUACAAAGAGUGCACCCAAACAUGGCUCCACAUUGGUCCUCGGAUUAGGGCCUACACCAACUACUUACUCCAAUGAUUUUUGUUCUUCUGGAAUCAACCGAAACAAAAAACAAGCCGAUGAAGAUUCAGUUCUUCAACUUUCUCUUUCUUAUAAUUCUGGUGCUUCAAAGAGUCAUCUGAAUCGAUUUUCUAAUCAUUACAGUGGAUCUUUCGAAGCUAAUAAUGGUUUCGGAAUUUCUGUUUUUGACGAGGGUGCCACAUCAGCAAAAAAGUCAGGUGGCUAUAUUCCAUCGCUUCUUCUAGCUCCAAGAAAAAGUAGUACUACAAGCAAAACCUUACUCCAAAGAUGUGAGCUUUCUGAACAUGGAGAAAAAUCCGAUCAUGGGUGUCCUUCCGAAUCAUCGGUUGUCUCAGGCUACUCAACAGGAACAACAUCAGGUCAAACAGAAUCUCUCAUACCGCGUGGCGGCCGGAGGCGGUGCCGCCACCCAACAGGGUGCAGCAACGCCGCUAGGGGGAAGUGGGAGUUCUGCAUCAAACAUGGUGGCGGAAAGAGGUGUGUGGUGGAAGGUUGUUCCCGGAGCGCCGAAUUACAACCAGGGUUGUGCAUCUCUCACGGCGGCGGCAGGCGGUGUUGGUUCCACGGUUGCACCAAGGGAGCUCAGGGGAGCACUAAUUACUGCAAAGCUCAUGGCGGCGGGAAGCGGUGUGUGUUUUCCGGUUGCACCACCGGUGCUGAAGGUAGUACUCAACUUUGUAAAUCCCAUGGCGGAGGAAAAAGAUGUUUGUAUGAAGGCGGUGGGAUUUGCCCUAAAAGCGUGCACGGAGGAACCAAUUUCUGUGUGAUGCACGGCGGUGGAAAGCGGUGCGUGGUGGCGGGGUGCACCAAGAGCGCGCGUGGCCGGACCCAUUGUUGUGUGACACAUGGCGGCGGGAAGCGGUGCAAAUUUGAAAAUUGCACCAAGUGCGCCCAAGGUAGCACGGAUUUCUGUAAAGGCCAUGGCGGCGGGAGGCGGUGCGGGUGGGUAGGAGGAGGAGGAGAGGGGAAGUGUGAGAAGUUUGCUAGAGGGAAAGGUGGUUUAUGUAUGGCACAUGGAACCAUGGUUCAAGAAAGUGAGGGAGGUAUUAGGCCACGACUCUUUCAUGGUGUGGUGGCCCAGUCUGCAUCUGACAAUAAUAACUCAUUAUCGGGUGUCAGUGUUGUAUCUAGUUCUGUCGGUUGGUUAGAAAGGCCUGCGAAAAGACGACAACUCAUUCCGCCUCAAGUGCUAGUUCCUUCGUCUAUGAGGACAUGGGCGUUUUCGUCAUUUACUCCAAACCAUAAGGAAGGUGUUGUGGUUCCAGAGGGGCGAGUCCAUGGUGGCAGUUUGUUGUCGUUGCUUGGGGGGAGCUUGAAGGACGCUGUUACAGAUGGGAUCUGA